GAAAAAAAUUGUUACCGAGGACCCUCCUUUAGAAAGAGGUUAUUUUAUAAGAGACAACGCUAGAGCAUACGCCAGCAGACAUGUAUAAUUGCCAGAUCUGUAAAUUGGAAAGUUUUUUUUUUCAGCUGUUCGUCUCUCUCACUCUUCCUGCACGUAGCUUAUCACAACACAAUUUUCUUAUCAUUUUGGGUUUUACCUGGAUCGAAAAGCUUGCACUGAUCUUUCCGAUGUGCCUGCUUUUAAAGCGUGAUUCUUGUAACAGCUCUUUCCCUCCCCUUACACCUUCACUUCUCUCUUCCUUUUCUUAUUUAACUUUACUUCGUUACAUAUUUUCAAGGUAUGCGUUACCUAUUUGAAAGUGAUGAUCGCUCACCAAAGAUAUCAGGGGGACCUGUUGAAGAUAUGAUAUAUUUGCUCUACCAAAACAUGCACGCACCCACACACACAGGGAUGCUGUGUUUUCCAGGCCAAGCGAUUCGUUACUCAUAUAUGACUUUUGCG